UGUGGGCGGGGCCGGGGCGGGGCGGGGCCGGGGUCCGGGUCCGGCCGGUUGUGAGCGUGGAGAGCAGGGCAGACGCGGUAUCAGAUCUGCUGGCAGGUCGCUUGUCCCAGCCAUGGCUCCACGCUGCUGGCGCUGGUGGUACUGGACGGCGUGGCCUCGGACCCGGCCCCCUCCCGCCGGCUGCACCCUGAGCGUCCGCCAGCAGUUCUCCACACAGGAGCAGACGCCCCAGAUCUGUGUGGUGGGCAGUGGCCCAGCUGGCUUCUACACGGCCCAACACCUGCUAAAGCACCACCCCCGGGCCCAUGUGGACAUCUUCGAGAAGCAGCUCGUGCCCUUUGGCCUGGUGCGCUUUGGCGUGGCACCCGACCACCCUGAGGUGAAGAAUGUCAUCAACACCUUUACCCAGACGGCCCACUCUGACCGCUGUGCCUUCCACGGCAAUGUGGUGGUGGGCAGGGACGUGACCGUGCCAGAGCUGCGGGAGGCCUACCACGCUGUGGUGCUGAGCUACGGAGCAGAGGACCAUCAGGCCCUGGGAAUUCCGGGGGAGGAGCUGCCCGGUGUGUUCUCAGCCCGGGCCUUUGUGGGCUGGUACAAUGGGCUCCCUGAGAACCGGGAGGCUUCUCCCCUCCAGCUGGCGCCAGACCUGAGCUGUGACACAGCCGUGAUUCUGGGCCAGGGCAACGUGGCUCUGGAUGUGGCCCGGAUCCUGCUGACCCCACCUGAGCACCUGGAGAAAACGGACAUCACGGAGGCUGCCCUGGGGGUACUGAGGCAGAGUCGGGUGAAGACGGUGUGGAUAGUGGGCCGACGUGGACCCCUGCAAGUGGCCUUCACUAUUAAGGAGCUUCGGGAGAUGAUUCAGUUACCAGGAACCCGGCCCAUUUUGGAUCCUGCAGAUUUCUUGGGCCUCCAGGACAGAAUCAAGGCAGAGGUCCCCCGCCCGAGGAAGCGGCUCACCGAACUGCUGCUUCGAACGGCCACGGAGAAGCCAGGGGCAGAGGAGGCUGCCCGCCAGGCAUCGGCCUCCCGCACCUGGGGCCUCCGCUUUUUCCGAAGCCCCCAGCAGGUGCUGCCCUCUCCCGACGGGCGGCAGGUAGCAGGCAUCCGUCUGGCAGUCACUAGACUGGAGGGUGUUGGUGACACCACCCGGGCAGUGCCCACUGGAGACGUGGAGGACCUCCCUUGCGGGCUGGUGCUGAGCAGCGUUGGGUAUAAGAGCCGCCCCAUUGACCACAGCGUGCCCUUUGACCCCAAACUUGGGGUUAUCCCCAAUAUGGAGGGCCGGGUUGUGGAUGUACCAGGCCUCUACUGCAGUGGCUGGGUGAAGCGAGGGCCCACAGGCGUCAUUGCCACUACCAUGACUGACAGCUUCCUCACCGGCCAGAUGCUGCUGCAGGACCUGAAGGCCGGGCUGCUGCCUUCUGGCCCCAGGCCUGGCUAUGUGGCCAUCGAGGCCCUGCUCAGCAGCCGAGGGGUGCGGCCCGUCUCUUUCUCCGACUGGGAGAAGCUGGAUGCAGAGGAGGUGUCCCGAGGCCAGGGCACUGGGAAGCCCAGGGAGAAGCUGCUGGAUCCUCAGGAGAUGCUGAGGCUGCUGGGGCGCUGAGCCCAGAUCCCAGCCUGACGGGAGGAGAGUAGUGCUGAGCAGGGCAGAGGGGCCAGGUCACUGUGAGCAGGACUCUGCACCACAGCGGCAUCGUCUGUCGCCCUGGCCCCGCGCUUGGCUGCCUCUUCCAGGGGCCUCCUAGCGCUUCCUCCUGCCAGAAGGCUGCCCUUGCCACCGUCGGGUUAGCUCUCAGCAAGGAGACACCUUAGGGAUGGGUGGAGGUGCAGGCUGACCUUCAUCCCUCCCGCCUCUCUCCUGCUGGGCUGUGGAGGGUCACUACGUCAGGAAUAUGCUGGAAAUAAAACACCUGCAACAGAGGG